GUACAGUGGUGGGGGGUAAACAAAAAUUGACAAUUGUAGUUUUUAGUACAGGCGGUUUUUGUGUGAGAAAAAAUCAUUUUUCAAGGCAAUUGCUGCAAUUAUUCCGGCUUUUCUUCACAUCGCAUGAAUUUUCCCUGACCCCUGAAUAGUGUAUCACAUUACCGUUUUUUUUUGUUGCUGUUCAGCACCAGACCCAGUAUCGAGGAUAAUGCAUUCCAUGAGAUUUAUCACCAUUGUUACACUUUUGUGUGUCCUGCCACAGAUUAGGACAGCUGAGGAGGAAUCCUGCUACUCCUUUGCCGGUGGACAUGUCUACCCUCAAGGAUACCCACUCACUGGGCACAAUCUCCAUGGAACAAAGGCAGUCAUUUCCAGGCCAGCUCCUCAUUUUGAGGGCACUGCUGUGGUCAAUGGGGAGUUCACGCAGCUUUCUCUCUCAGACUUUUUGGGAAAAUACGUGGUGUUCUUCUUCUAUCCACUUGACUUCACUUUUGUUUGCCCAACUGAAAUCCUUGCCUUUUCGGAUCGUGUGGAUGAAUUCAAGAAAAUCAACACAGAAGUGAUUGCAUGCAGUGUUGACUCCCACUUUACGCAUCUGGCCUGGAUAAAUACACCGCGGAAGGAGGGAGGACUGGGAAAGAUUCAGAUUCCUCUGCUCAGCGAUCUCUCUCACAAGAUCUCCAAGGAUUACGGUGUCUACCUUGAGGAUUUGGGUCACACUCUCCGGGGACUCUUUAUCAUUGACCACCGAGGCGUUUUGCGCCAAAUCACCAUGAAUGACUUGCCAGUAGGACGUUCAGUGGACGAAACACUGCGCCUGGUCCAAGCCUUCCAGUAUACAGAUUCCCAUGGGGAAGUCUGCCCGGCUGGCUGGAAACCAGGCGGAGAUACAAUUGUGCCAAAUCCGCUGGAGAAGAAGAAGUACUUUGAGAAGAACAACUGAUCCUCUGAAGACUUUAUUUGAGCAAAAAAUAAAAGACAGAAAUAAUUACA